GAUUGUCCAUUCCUAAAUUAUUAUUACCUUAUAAGAGGGAAGGGCUAUUCCAUUCCCUUUCUUCUACAGUUAUUUACCAUCCCUCUACCUAGCCUACCACAUCUACAAAUCUCAAAUCAAACAAACACAAAUUUAUUUCAUCUCCUUUACUUUUCAAACGACCUCACUAAACAAAACCAAAUAAUUCAACUCUCUUUCUUAACCAUAUAACUUCCCUCUAUUUAAAACCCCACACACACCCACUACUAUCACUACCACAAACAAAAUCAAUAACCAAUAUGUCAUCGGAAACUGCCACGUCACCGUCCAAAACCAUGAUUUCAGUUCCUUUCAAGUGGGAGGAAGCACCGGGGAAGCCAAGGCACUACCACCACACCCAAACGGAGCUCCAAAAUACCGUUAGAACAACGUUGGAACUUCCUCCGAGGUUGUUAUUUUUGGAGGCCAAGCUCGAUGAGCCUUCCCCUACAACGGUCUUAGAUGGGCCUUACGUCGGCCGGGCCAUGUCAUUCUCGUCUUCUUAUAGAACUCCAAGGGAAAACUGGAAUUCCAAUUUUGGGUCUAGUAGAUGGACUGGUUUCAGGAAGAUUAACAGAGAACUGGACGAGGGUACUUUUGACUUUUCGGAUCAUAGUAAGGUGAAAAUCCCACGGACUACUAAAGGUGGAAGUCCAAUUUCUAAGACCAAAUCACAUUUGUGGGCAAAUAUUUGUGAAAGCUUGAAGCAAGUGGUCCCUUGGAGACGUAGGAAAGAAACACAGAGAAAGUGGGUUUCAAUAACAGACACACUUUAAUCAUGUUGAUUACUUAAACAAAAUAUUCAAGAAAUGAAAUUUUAUUUAGUGUCUGUUUAAAUAAAUAAACUUUUCUUUUUAAAUAUGGUGAUAUUUUGCUGUA